UUGUUACCUCCUCAGUAGCGCUAGUGAAAACUAGAAAUGUACCGUUUGACUAUUGUAUGUUUCGCGCUCUUUUUGGCCGCCGUGUCGGCUACCAAUGUUAAGCAGUGCUCAAAAGGUCAGCCAUUCCCGCUCAGUGUUGACAUUGAAGGCUGCGACCAGCCGCCCUGCAAUGUUGUCAAGGGCACCACAGCGCUGAUGAAAGUCAACUUUGUGGGUACUCACGACAAUACUAAGAAAAUAACCGCUGUCGUGCAUGCCACCACCUUAGGCAUCACUGUACCCUACCCGCUGCCCGAAGACGUGGCCGAUGUAUGCAGUAAUUUGUUGUAUGGCGCCUCUUGCCCCAUCGAUAAAUCCGAGGAUGUGGUGUACAACUUUAAAUUCGACAUUGAUUCCUCGUAUCCGGAGAUCAAAGUAAAAGUACAGCUGAAUUUGGUUGAUGAAAGCAAUGAAUCUGUUGCUUGCUUCACUGCCGAUGUAAAAGUGCAGAAAGCUUAGGAUGUUGAUUGGUGGAUGAGGAAGUGCAGAAAAGAAAAAAGGAAAAGGAAAAAGAUAAGAUAUAGACAUAUAUAUCUAUACAUAUAUUACCUAUAUAUUAUAUAUGUCUAUACAUAUAUCAGGAAAAAUAUGUACCCAAAACAUAUGUGCCAUAAAAAUCUGUAUUAGCUC